GCGAGUUGGAAGAUUUCAACCAUUUUAUUUGAAGGGAUUCGGGAGCGGGUUGGUCAUUUGGCCCUUGUGGUUUUCAACAUAACAUUUGUCCCAUUGCUGUCACCCGUCAAAAGUAACCUGGACCAGAAUGGCAUCUGCCUCGUUGCUCCCAGGAGGACCGCUGCAGUAUAUCCUUGCGGAAACAACGCUCCUCAUAAAUGAGCUCAAAACAGCAGCGUCGGCUGUGACAGCAUCGAGUCAAUCGAGAUGGACAACGACAGAACAAUCUCAAAGGGCUCGAGACAACACAUAUGGUUCUACGGAUGAGGGCAAAAGGCAGAGUUCUCAGGUGGAGGUGGCAGCCGCAGACUCAAGAGGACUCCCUAGCGAUUGGAACGCUACACUUUUCAAAUUCACCGAUCAUGCCGAGGAUUUGGUAGCCACUGCAACUCGGCAGUUGUCACCAGAAGAAACCAAGGAGCUACUGCGUGAGCUGCACUCAAAGGUCCGAUCAUUAUCGCCUGAUGCCUUGGUGCCAACGUUAUUGGCCUCCGCCGUAAAUUUGAAAGCGGAAAGUCCAUUGUCCGAACUACAACUGAGAGACGCGCUCUCUCCCAAUAAUAUUCGCUGUCUCAGUAGACAGUUGUUGGAACUGGAGAGCAGCACUUCAAUGUCAAUGCGUAGCCGAAGACGAAAGUCAAUUCCUACGAUAUCAAGUGUCUCGAGUUCGCUGCCUCUGACCGGAUUUCAUCGAUCCACUGCCCGGAAGGGACUUUAUGCAUCAAUGUCGCAUUCUCGGUCGCAUCAUCCUGCUUCCGCACACACGAGACACUUUUGGACGGAACGAAGGCUGCAGAAAGUGGAAGCAGAGGCAGAUCAGCCUGAAUUUCGCGCAGAUCCCAAGAAGCAGGGUGAGCUUUACAAGGAGCUACUAAAGUCGAGUAAUCACUAUGCACUGAUGCAUCGGUAUGAAAAUCAGCCUCAACUUGGUCCAGCGACGAGUCGAUAUCCAGUUGCCGCGCGAAACGCUGAUAUACAACGGAUUCAACGCGAUCCAGACUGCUUGAAAGCCUACCUUUCCGCGCUUGCUAAAGAAGGCAAUAUCGAUAAAUUGGCCGAUAAAGUUCUAGCCGCUACUGGGACGUCCUCAAUAAAUCAGGCUCUGGGGAGCACACCAACAAGGUCCAUCGAUAUGUCUAAUAGUGUAGGUGACGAUGGCGCAAUUCGGCAGACAGUAGGGGAAGGAAGGGAGCACUGGGUACAGACAAAUAUAGCUGAGUGGGACAGAGCUUUAGGACGACGUGCGGGCGCAGGUGCUAUGCGGGGCGGCCGAGGUUUUGGUGGACAAGGGAUGGGACAACCACAUGUGGACGGAAAAAUGGAGCCAAUUCAGGUCAUCAUCAGUGAGGCUUGGUCGUGGAGUAAAUUUGUCCGGAAGCUAGGGUCGAAAGUUCUGUACGGCCUUCUACUCAUGACGGGAUUGAGUGUUCUAUUGGAUCAGCAAGGCAUUAUCAAGUCAGGCAUGGCCACAGCAGAAGUUGAGCCCAACAGCAUGCAGCAACCUAUAAAGUUUGCCGAUGUGCAAGGUGUGGAUGAGGCGAAGCACGAAUUGGAGGAAAUCGUUGCGUUUUUGAAAGAACCGAAGAGAUUUAUGGAGAUUGGCGGCAAGCUCCCAAAAGGCAUUCUUCUCUAUGGACCGCCGGGCACUGGUAAAACCCACUUGGCUCGCGCAGUUGCCGGUGAGGCUGGUGUUCCCUUCUUUCAGAUGAGCGGGAGCGAGUUUGAUGAAUUGUACGUGGGAGUGGGCGCACGGCGUGUCAGAGAGCUGUUUGCGGCCGCAAAGAAGAAAGCACCAUGCAUCGUCUUUAUUGACGAGAUUGACGCCGUCGGAAGCAAACGUAGUGCUAAAGACCAGAGCUACAUGAGGCAAACACUGAAUCAGCUCCUUGUUGAAUUGGACGGGUUUUCUUCAGCCGAGGGAGUCAUUUUUAUCGCCGCAACCAAUACGCCAGAAGCGCUAGAUAAGGCUCUCGUUCGACCUGGUCGGUUUGAUCGCCUGGUUCCCGUGCCGCUUCCCGAUGUUAAAGGACGGGCCAAGAUUCUUCAGGUUCACAUGAAAGCCGUCAGUGUGUCCAAGGACGUUGACACGCACAUCAUAGCACGAGGGACUCCGGGCUUUUCUGGCGCAGAUCUUGCAAACUUGAUUAAUCAAGCGGCUAUAAAGGCGUCCAAGGACGGCGCGAAGAACGUGCGCAUGGAAGAUUUAGAGUGGGCCAAGGAUAAAAUCAUCAUGGGGAGCGAACGCAAAAGCGCUGUCGUGACUGAGCAGAAUAAACGAUUGACCGCAUAUCAUGAAGGCGGUCAUACUCUUGUCGCGCUAUACACGCAGGGAGCUACUCCCUUGCACAAAGUGACUGUCAUCCCCCGUGGUAAUGCUCUGGGAGUCACGGUGCAGUUACCGGAAGCCGACAAGACCAAUCAUACAAAAAGGGAGCUUCACGCCAUGUUGGAUGUGUGCAUGGGAGGACGAGUAGCUGAGGAGCUCAUUUUCGGGAGCGAGGAGGUGACUACUGGGGCCAGCUCCGAUCUGGAGAAGGCAACGGCAGUUGCGAGGGAGAUGGUUCUCGUGUAUGGAAUGAGUGAUAAGGUUGGAGUGGUUGGGUACGGUGAAGAGGGUUGGGAAAAGAUGAGCCCGGUGACGAAAGGAAUCAUUGAAGCUGAAGUCAAAGGCCUCCUAGACAGCGCACAUAAUCGUGCCACUCAGCUCCUAAAAACUCAUAAAGAAGAGCUACAUCGACUCGCAAGAGCAUUAAUGGAACAUGAAACGCUGAAUCUGGAUGAGAUUCGAACUGUAAUAAAAGGUGGUGAAAUAAAGCCUUUGAAAUCCAAGUUGCUGGACAGCACAAAGGAUGUUAGUUUGGGACGAUAACAUUGGAGGGAUGGUCCUACGUCAAGAGAAUUGAAAUUAUGUUUGUUCUUUAAUGUAAUCUAUUUGGGAUGCAGCUGUUGCCUCGUCUGCCACGGAUA